CUUCCACCCCCUCUCCUCCCCCGAGCUGCACUCCAAGUUCGAACUCCGAAAACUCUGCACUGCCCUCAAGGGGCUGCUCGCUGCUCUUCACUUCCUGCCCGCCCACUCCGCCCUGCUGGCCCUCGCCGCUGCGAGGGCCCGGCCCGGCCCUUUGCUGCAGCCCGGGCCUUGCGUCGAAGCUGCAGUCAGCGCCAGAUGGACGGGCAAAGCAGCAGCAGCAGGGCCCCCGCCGCGGCAGAGGCUCGGCAGCAGCGGCAGCGCCCUGGCAGCCGCUCGCCUCCUACAAGUCCGACUUGGAGGACUCCCUGGCUUGUCUGCUUUCCGGCGAAGAGCCGCGGGGAAGCUUCCCCGAGUUCCUUGCCCCCAGCAGCAGCCCGGCGUCAACUCCCCACAAAACUCACCCCUGCCGGCUCCUGCUGCUGCUGCUGCUGCUGCUGCUGGUGCUGCCCUCCGCAGCGCCUUUCCCCUGGGGCCGCUCGCUCAGGGCCAGGGCCGCGCGGCCGCGCUCAGCAGCAGCAGCACAGCAGCUGCUCAAGGCGCUUUUCUGUGCCGCAGCAGCAGCAGCAACAGCGGCGGCGGAGGACUGGCGAGGGGAGAGGCGGAGGCCGCGGGAAGCCUCGCGCCUUACUCCGAAGACGCGGCGCUGCUCUGCAGCACAGCCCCCGUCUACAGGCCCCGACGCCGGCGCAAGCAGCAGCAGGAGCAGCAGCAGCAGCAGCAGCCGCAGCAGCGGGCGGGUGGAGGUGAGGGCGAGGGGGCGUCGUGCGGGCCUUGGGGCAGCAGCAGCAGCGCGAGCUGGGGGCGCAGCAGCAGCAGCAGCAGCAGCAGCAGGCUGGAACGCCGGGAGCUGCUGAAGCUGCAGACGUUUUUGGGGGUUUUGGAAUGCAGCGUGAAGUUCGACGAAGAGCUGGCGCAGCAGCUGGAGGGCGCAGCAGCAGCGCUGGAAGCUGCUGCUGGGGGCCUCGAGGGCUUUCAGUCUUUGGCGGAAAGAAGUUUCAAAGAAGUUCUGAAUGAAGGAGGGGCCUCGCUUUCGGACUCCGACAUUUGGCUGGAGAUGAGCUGCUGCAGCAGCAGCAGCAGCAAGAGUAGCAGCAAGCUGAGGAGACUGUCUUUUUCGCGUUUCAUCUGA